CAGUCAAAAUCUUUUACCCAACCCACUUGGUUUUAUGCCAACUUUUGGCUUCUUUUGGUUCUGCUCACCGUGCUUUCACAUUUUGAGGCUGAGAAAUCAGAUGGGGUUUCGGCUACUCUCCCGUUUCUAGUUUCGACCUCUUCAGCUCCAGAAAAACAGGUUGAGUCCUGGCGAAGAUUCAGACAGAACGAGCUUGAAUUAUGGCGAAGCACUACUUGUUUUAUUUGGUUGAUUGUUUCGAAUUUGAUAUAUGUUUAAUCUAUGAGACAGCGAGUCAACUAUCCUUUAAUUUAUUGAAUUGAGGAUUCUCAUUACCUGUAACCUGUCAAAGGGAAUGCUGUCCCUCACCUGCUAAAUAAAUACUUCUCUUGUCUCUUCUACUUUUCCUUCUGGGCUAUAUUGAAACACUUUUGAGGAUUUUAAGGUCUAGUAGUUUGAGCUCAACAUUUUCUGGGACAGAAACAAAAUCUUGUACAAUGCCCAUCUCACAAGAAACGUCCAAUUUUGAUGAGAUUUCUAUGAAGCAGAGUUUGAUUUUCUCUGAUUGUCUCAAGGAUUUGAAGAACCUGAGAGCACAAUUAUACUCAGCAGCAGAGUAUUUUGAACUCUCUUACACGAAUGACGACCAAAAACAGAUAGUGGUAGAAACGUUGAAAGAUUAUGCUGUUAAAGCUCUUGUGAACACUGUGGAUCAUUUAGGUUCUGUUAGUUUUAAGGUUAAUGAUCUUUUGGAUGAAAAAGUGGAUGAUGUUUCUGGAACGGAGUUCAGGGUGUCAUGCAUUGAACAGAGGCUAAGAACGUGCCAAGAGUAUAUCGAUCACGAAGGACAUUCCCAACAAUCCCUGGUGAUAAAUACGCCAAAGUAUCAUAAGCACUACAUAUUACAAGCGGGGGAGACCAUGAACGGUGGUACCCAAACUCGAUCCAAGAACAAAGGAUGCAGCCUAGAUGAUGAAGAUGAGUGGCACCAAUUUAGAAAUGCCGUUCGAUCAACUAUUAGGGAAAUGCCACCAUCCGCUAUCAGUAAAGAAAAUUCUCCUGUGCCUUCUCAACGACCUUCCCCGUCUCCGCAACUUAGAACGUUCUCGUUCACGUCUACCAUGCCCAAGAAGGAAUUAGAUAAGCGGUCGGUUUCUCCACACCGGUUUCCACUUUUGCGUUCUGGUUCGCUCUCGAGUAGACCAAAGACACAAAGCUCAAGUCGACCAACGACUCCCAACUCAAGUACGCCAACCACUCCAAGCAUUUCCAAUGGGCAACGACGGUACCCUUCAGCACCCAGGAAAUCAGCAUCGAUGCGGAUGCCAGCAGAAAGGGAUAACAGCAAAGAUGUUGAACAAUAUCCCAGCAAAAGCAAACGCCUCCUGAAGGCCUUGCUUAGCCGACGCAAGUCAAAGAAAGACGAUACAUUGUACACUUACUUGGAUGAAUACUAAGCACAAGAGGAAUCAGCUGGUGAAUGGGGUCGUCAAAUUCAAUUCAUUAGGGAUGCCACUUUGUGCUUUCAUGAACGUUAUAGAAUUCCAUAUACCAGUUUUCCUUCAUCCCAUGCUGAAGUCAUUUCUUUGUUCUUUUCCACUUCAAAUGAUAUGAUGAACCACAAUCACAUCAAAUUAUUGUUUAUAUUUUAGUUUAAUAAAAUUGAUAUAAUUUUUGUUGUUUCCAA